AUGGAUCUCCAGGGAACCAAAGAGGCCCGGACACAGGAGGACGGCGAUGGCCCGCUGGACCGCUCCAAGGAGUAUCACAAAGAGCGCCGCGAUUCUCACGGCCAUGACUCUUCUGCUAAUGUACAUCCGCUCCGUCGUCGCCAGGCGCCUUUCGCCUAUCCUCCCGGAGCUCGUCUGACAGCUUCAAGCGCGAGGAGAGAUCAAUCACCUUCCCCGGAAGCUAUUCGCAUUCCCCAGAUUUUGGGGCUGAGCUCCCGUGACCAGCGACUAUUAUGCAAGGCCAGACGCUAUCCUCCCGUGACAAAGAAAACACUCAGCGAACUCGAUCUGCCCUGCAUUAUGAGCAACAUCAACCUCCGCAUGGAUGCCAACUUCGACCGCGACCUACAUUUCAAGCCCGACUUGGACGGCGAGAAGGGGAAACGCAAAAGGAAAGAGGCUGCUGAUUACUGGGACUCGAUGGCGUCGGAAAUUGCAAUCUAUGCCUUCCAAGCUGCUCAACCCGAGCCCGAGGGCAAGACUACUCGAGAGAGCUUCCAGCGCACCUUCGAUCCUCGUCUGCCCGCCAUGUUCGAGACUCUGCAGGAGGUGAUCAAGACUCUUGUUCCCGAGCGCGAUCACCCAAGCGUCAUGCAAAAUCUUGAGGUUCCUCUCCUCAUGCAGCAGGUUCGCAAGGGUGUCCUCGACAUGGUGGCGCUGGCGACUUGGAUGGCGGCGCUACUCAAGACGCAUUGCGCUCCGAUGCGAGAUGAGUGGGCGGACCGAAUGGUCGAACAGAUCGCCGAGGGAUCGCAAUCGCAAGAACCGAAGGAGAUCGUCAACGGGUUACAGACAUUGUUUGCCAUUCUCGAGGCGAUGAAGUUGGAUGUCGCCAACCACCAAAUCCGCACAUUCCGAGUCCUCCUCAUCGAAGACACAGUUCCAUUCCUUCAAGAAUAUUUCGAAGGCAAAAUCCAGCGCGGCAGCUUCCAAGUCGAGUCUGCCCGUCAAUGGUACAUUGCAUCGCGAAAUAAAGCGAGCGAAGAAGACGCCGCCAAAAGCCCGACCUCCCAACUGGAAGACAACAUCAAGCCCCUCGAAGCGCUCUUCCGCGGGAUAUCCGACCAACUCCUCCAAUUCGACCCACCGGACGACUUCCCCGAAACCUUCCUCUUCGACUCCGACCGCCUCUGGCAACUCCGCUCAACGAUCCAAAACCUAGUUAACCUCGACAUCGCCUGGUACAUCUUUGAAUCCUACGUCCACACCCAAAAACGCUACCUCUCCUCCCGCGACGAAACCUACUCCACCUUCCGCUCACGUAUCUGGUCCCUAAUGGAAGACGGGAUCGACAUGGACAGUCGUACCGGCGAUGUCGAGAACGACCGCAACAUCCGCGGCAGCUCGUGCUGGCUCCAAAACAUGCGCUGCAUAGCUCUCGAAAUCGCCCGCUUCGCCUGCGCAGCCUGCUGCCUCGACAUUGUGGUCGCCGACGAAGUAAUCUCGCCCAUCGAAGCAGCCCUGGAGUGGCACCUCUCCAAUGAGUCCGAUCUCUUCUGCUACUUCCAGAGAGCUAUGCGUGAGAAGAUUCUCACCGCAACGCUGGCUUCUGCUCGCAAGUACUUGCCUUUGUCGCCGCUGGCGAUCUGCGAGUCUCAGCGUUCUCCGCCUCAACCUACGGCGGGGCCAGCUACCGCGACUACGGGGCAGUUGACGCCGCAGCAAUACGAUAUCGAGCGCAUCGGUAUGCGUCUUGCGCACAUGGGUGUUUUGCACUGGCGUGUGUGGGCCCCCUUGCUCUACCUCCGAGAUGAAAUUGCGGAGCAGGAGCAGGAGCCUGCGGCGUUCGUAUAG